CGGCCCACUCCCGGAGUCCCGGCGUCCGACGCAACCCUUGAGGCAGAGCGGUCUUUGCUCCGACACCUCGACUUCCCUAAACCCAUCCUGUGCCCGCCGUCGCCGCGGCCUUCGGCCUCCUCCCCACCCCACCGCAUCCGAAACCCGCACGCCUCCCCCGCCAUGGCCACCUCCAGCGACGGCGGCGGCGGCGACCAGCGGCGCCUACUCUCAAUCCCCAAGGAGGGCGAGCGCAUCAUCGCGCCGACUCGGCGCCCCGACGGCACGCUCCGCAAGGCCAUCCGCAUCCGCGCCGGCUACGUGCCCCAGGAGGAGGUCGCCAUCUACCAGUCCAAGGGCGCCCUAAUGAGGAAAUCAGGGCCCGACGUGCCGCCGGGGUACGACCCGGCGCUAGCGGUCGAUGCAAAGCCCAAGACGAAGGCGGCCAAGCGGAACGAGCGGCGCAAGGAGAAACGGCAGCAGAGUGGGGAAUUUUUCUUUGGCGUAAAUGCAGCUCCUAUAUUUCUUAGUAGGGCUAGUUCGACAAAUGAUAAAGGAAAGGGCCUGGAUAUAGAGGACGCUGGAGCUGCAGAAACUGACAAGGUUCUUUCCUCCAAAACUGAUAAGCAGAGGGAUUCAGUGGAAAGUGUAACAAAGCAGAUAAGAAGCAUUGCUAUUUCUGAAUCACCUGCAGCGCCAUCCACAAAUGCCAAUGAUAGCUCACAACCAGAAUCAUCCGCUCCAGACAUAGAUAAGAAAAUUCGAGCACUGAAGAAGAAGAUACGUUUAGCUGAAGCACAGCUGCAAGGUGACUCCGAAAAAUUGAAAUCUGAGACUCAGGAAAAGUUGAAAAAGAUUGAAGGGUGGCGUGCGGAGCUGAAGCUUUUGGAGGACAAGAAAGCUCCCACGGGUUCCUAGACAGAGUCGGGUUCAGCUGUGAUGUAGAGUGGAGCCAUGGCUACCAAACAAUCACCAUGGUGUUGUGCACUUGUGCUGAUCCAAGGUCCAAUCAAUCACCAUGGUGUUCGCGCAGAACGAUGGAGAGUUUCUCAUCGCACACAUUUUGCUGUCUCAUGUUCGCCGAGUUCGAAGAUUUGUACCACAAGAUGAUCCAUUUGUCAGAGACCACACAAUGAGAUAAUUCGACCGAUUAUUGUGACUGGCUGUAGCUUCGGUGUACUAUGCUGACACUGGGGAUUUAUUGGAACUGGAUCAGAAUUUCCUUCCAGCUCUAAACUUAGAAUGCAUCUCUCUGCAUUUCCACUAGUAUUCGUAACUUUUCAGGCCGGGCAGCUGCUUUGUCAGUGUCCGUCACCUUCAGCUUUUACAGACACCAUCACGACUUAUCUUGAAACAACCCUUCGGAGGUUCUUUGUCGUCC